CCAGGACAGGCUGCAUCAGAAGAGGCCAUCAAGCAGGUCACUGUCCUUCCGCCAUGGCCCUGUGGAUGCGCCUCCUGCCCCUGCUGGCGCUGCUGGCCCUCUGGGGACCUGACCCAGCCCCGGCCUUUGUGAACCAGCACCUGUGCGGCUCCCACCUGGUGGAAGCUCUCUACCUAGUGUGCGGGGAACGAGGCUUCUUCUACACACCCAAGACCCGCCGGGAGGCAGAGGACCCGCAGGCCUCAGCCUUGUCGCCCUCCUCCUCCACGUCAACCUGGCCAGAGGGUCUGGACGCCACAGCCAGGGCUCCCCCUGCUUUGGUGGCGACUGCUAAUUUUGGCCAGGUCGGCGGAUCAUCGUCCAGGCAGUUUCGGCAGAGAGCCUUGGGCACCAGUGACUCCCCGGUCCUCUUUAUCCACUGUCCAGGAGCUGCGGGGACUGCGCGGGGACUAGAGUACAGGGGCCGAAGAGUCACCACCGAGCUUGUGUGGGAGGAGGUGGAUUCCAGCCCCCAGCCCCAGGGCUCUGAAUCGCUGCCAGCUCAGCCCCCUGCCCAGCCUGCCCCACAGCCUGAGCCCCAGCAGGCCAGAGCGGCCGGAGAGCCCAGUCCUGAGGUGAGCUGCUGCGGCCUGUGGCCCAGGCGACCCCAGCGCUCCCAGAACUGAGGCUGGCAGCCAGCCCCAGCCCCAGCCCCAACUGCAGAGGCAGAGAGGGCCUGCAGGGAGGGACCCAGCAGGUGACUCUUCAGGCUGGUUCGCCCAUCCCAGAUAGAAGCCGGGAGUGUUCUUUCAAAGGCGUCUUUAGCUUAGACACUCAAUAAAAUGGUAACACAGUG